UCUCGGCUUUGGUAUACCUCAAACUACAUCACAGACUCAACUAUCAAGUUUGAGUUGUCCAACGCAGUUACUCCACGGUGCCGUAUAAGCCUUAUCUCCGCCGAGACACGCGACAGCUUAGCAACAUCACUGUCCCCAUCCCCUUCACCAUCGUAUCAGCAUAUCAACGUCGUUCACCAUGUCUGCCACCACCAUGGACAGCUCGUCCAAGAAGGCGCCUUUGAGCCUCGCGCAUCACUUCUCCGAGGUCACGAAGAGGCGUGAGCCCAGCAAGAUGAAGGAGUACUACAAGUACUUUGAGAUCCCCGGUAUUGGGAACCUAGCUGGAGGCCUUCCGCAUUCGAGCUUGUUCCCGUUUGACACCCUCGAGGCGCAGGCGGCGAAGCCCGAACGAUGGGAACCGUCUCCGAUCCCCGAUGACGGCAGCACCACUACGACGCUCCCGAUCCGGAGCACCGCUGCCGCCGUCUCGAGCCAGGACAAGGAAAAAGACGUCAAGGCCUCCCGGCACGUCACCGUCCCCGGCACCGACGACGACCGCGACCCGCUCCGCCGCAUCGACGUCGCCACGGCGCUGCAGUACGGCACGGCCGAGGGGUACCCGCCCCUGCGGUCCUUCAUCCGUCAGUUCACGCGGGACCACCUGCACCCGGACGUGCCGUACCUCGGCGGGCCCGAGGUGAUUCUCAGCUGCGGUGCGACCGACGGCUUCUCCAAGACGCUGGAGCUCAUUACGAACCCGUGGAGUCCCGCGAAAGAUGCCGCGGCGGAACGGCCCGGUAUGCUGUGCGAGGUCUUUGUGUACAGCCAGGUCCUGUCGCAGGCGCUGCCGCGGGGCAUACAGGUCGUGCCUGUCGAGAUGGAUGAUGGCGGCAUGAUUGCCAACGGCCCUGGCGGGUUGGAGGAGGUUUUGGCUGGGUGGGAUGAGAAGAAUGGCAAGAGGCCGCAUUUCAUGUACACCGUGACGAUGGGUCACAACCCGACCAGCGGUAUCUUGUCCGUUGAACGCCGCAAGGAGAUUUACGCCAUCGCUAGCAAGUACGAUGUCAUCAUUGUCGAAGACGACCCGUACUGGUACCUGCAGUACCCCUCUGCUGUCGUCGAGGAGGCCAAGUCGCGCGGACUGGAGUUAUCUCCCUCUGCUGCACCUCCGACUUACAAGCCCGCCAAGUCUUCCGGCUACCAGUUCCUGGAUUCCCUGAUCCCUUCGUUCCUCAGCAUCGACACCGAGGGCAGAGUCAUCCGCCUCGACACCUUUUCCAAGACCAUUGCGCCGGGAUGCCGCAUGGGCUGGAUCACGGCGCAGCCGGCCAUCAUUGAGCGUCUACUGAGAAUCACCGAAGUCACCACCCAGCAGCCCUCCGGCUUCGUGCAAUCCACCGUAGCGGAGCUCAUCAUGGGCGACCAGCCCCCCGCGGCCCGCACCGCCUUCGCCGCCCUCACCUCGCGCCAAAAGCAGACCUUCCAAGGCUGGAAAAUGGACGGCUGGGUCCGCUGGCUGUCCGGCCUCCGUGGCGUCUACGAGCGCCGCAUGAACCGCAUGUGCACCAUCCUCGACGAAGGCUCCAUCCAGCUCAAACAGUCGACCCCGCGCAGCGCCGACGACGCCGACUGGGGCGUCGUGAGCAAGACGCAGCUCUACGAGUUUGCCUGGCCGCGCGGCGGCAUGUUCAUCUGGCUCAAGCUCCGGCUCGAGACGCAUCCGCUCUGGAUGGCGACGGGCGGCGAGAGGAUCCCCCUGCUCGACGGGGAGAGGCUGUCGACGGCGCUCAUGUUCUUUGCGACCAAGAAGCCGUAUCGCGUGCUGGUGAGUCCUGGGUUGAUCUUCAGCGCUACGCCGGCGAUUCGGGCAGAGAGGGGAUGGGCUUAUUUCCGGUUGUGUUUUGCGGCGGAGACGGAGGAGAAUGUAGACUUGUGUUCGCAGAGUUUGGCGGAUGCGAUUCAGAGGUUCUGGAGAUUCAAGAAAGUGGAGGAGGUGGAGGACAUCCUCGGAGACUUUUUCAUGGCUCAGGGUGAAGAGGAGGGGCUUGAAGGGUUGGGCAACUUGGGUAGUCUUAUGGGAUGUUGAGGAUCUUUUUAGAUCUUUAGGGGAUGGACAUUUUAAUGAAUCUGAUGAACCAAACCAUUCAUGGCGUAAGAGGACGUGGGUUAUGUACAGCUCACGUUUGAUGGAGGCCAUGGAGUUUAGAGAACUUUUUGUAGCUACCUUACAGUCACUACGUAAUAGAGAGAAAAUACAAAAAAAACAAGAAAAUGUCAUAAUCACGUGGAUUCAAGUCGUCACGGUCCAGGGGCAGACCAAAUACACCAAGACUUUUGUGUGAAUUCAAGGGAAUCAUUUGUCCAUUGAUGAAUUGAGGUCAACAUUUCCUAGUUGCCAUUACGCCUCAAGCACAAACCAUGCUAAAAUGUAGCCCCGUCCGUUUCAGAAACCUGCAUUCCACCACCGUCGUCAGAACACCCGUCCCAGAGAGGAAACUGUUUAU